UCGUACUUUCAGAAAAGUAGUAUUUAACAUUAUUAAUGGUUUGCUAGUUCCAACCAACUGUUUCAUUAUCUUCUCCAAUCCUCCUAAUGUGGUGCCUACCAUCUGUUCGACCAAAUGUCUCUGAGAUGUUCUUCAAGUCCCCAAUGCUCAAACCCACUGCUAGAUUCUCCACCACUUCUUCUCCCUAUCUUCCUCCUUCCUUCAGCGUCGCCCCGAUGAUGGAGUGGACAGAUAAUCAUUACCGGACGCUUGCUCGUAUCAUAACAAAGCAUGCUUGGCUUUACACCGAAAUGAUUGCCGCUGAAACUCUUGUUCACCAGCAGGCCAAUUUGGACAGGUUCUUAGCAUUUUCUCCCCAACAACAUCCUAUUGUUCUCCAACUCGGUGGUAGCAAUGUGGAAAACCUUGCAAAGGCUGCUAAGCUUUCUGAUGCUUACGGAUACGACGAAAUUAAUCUCAACUGCGGGUGCCCCAGUCCUAAGGUAGCCGGCCAUGGUUGCUUUGGUGUUAGCCUCAUGCUCAAACCCAAGCUUGUUGGAGAGGCAAUGUCUGCCAUUGCUGCCAAUACCAACGUCCCUGUUACUGUGAAAUGUCGAAUUGGUGUAGACGAUCAUGAUUCGUAUGAUGAGCUCUGUGACUUUAUCUACAAGGUUUCUACUCUAUCACCUACCAGGCAUUUCAUUGUACAUUCACGCAAGGCACUUCUCGGUGGGAUAAGCCCUGCUGAUAACCGGAGAAUUCCUCCUCUAAAGUAUGAGUAUUUCUAUGCCCUCGUGCGUGACUUCCCGGAUUUGAGAUUCACUAUUAAUGGAGGCAUUACUUCUGUUUCGAAGGUAAACGCUGCACUGAAGGAAGGAGCUCAUGGAGUCAUGGUAGGACGUGCUGCAUACAACAACCCAUGGCAGACGCUAGGACAUGUUGACACUGCAGUUUAUGGUGUACCAAGCAGUGGCCUUACACGCCGACAGGUUCUUGAGCAAUAUCAAGUAUAUGGAGACUCUGUGUUAGGAACACAUGGAAACGGGAGGCCUAAUGUGAGGGAUUUAGUGAAGCCUCUGCUAAACCUUUUCCAUUCAGAAAAUGGAAAUAGCUUGUGGAAGCGGAGAGCAGACGCAGCUUUCAAGGAGUGCAGGAGUGUGGGAUCGUUGCUGGAAGAAAGCUUGAGGGCGAUCCCGGACUGUGUCUUAGAUUCACCCAUAUCUGGGAGUCCAGAGAGUGGAGAAGAAGAUGUGUUUGCAGAUGUGCACAAUGUAUUGCCCCCACCCUACGAAGCAGCUGGAGAAGGAAUCAUCAUAUCAAAACAAACAAUCAUGGCGGAGAAGCUCAGUGAUGGCAGCAGCGUCGUCUCAGUCAAUCCUAAACCCUCCAAGGGUUUCUCCUCUAAGCUUGUUGAUCUUCUGGAGAGACUUGUUGUCAAGCUCAUGCACGAUGCUUCUCUCCCUCUCCACUACCUCUCCGGCAACUUCGCUCCCAUCCGUGAAGAAACUCCUCCCGUCAAGGAUCUCCCCGUCCAUGGAUUUCUUCCCGAAUGCUUGAAUGGUGAAUUUGUGAGGGUUGGUCCAAAUCCCAAGUUUGAUGGAGAUGGGAUGAUACAUGGGGUGCGCAUCAAAGAUGGGAAAGCUACUUAUGUUUCUCGAUUUGUUAAGACAUCACGUCUUAAGCAGGAAGAGUUUUUCGGAGCUGCCAAAUUCAUGAAGAUUGGGGACCUUAAAGGGUUUUUCGGAUUGCUUAUGGUCAAUGUGCAACUGCUGAGAACGAAACUCAAAAUAUUGGACAACACUUAUGGAAAUGGAACUGCUAAUACAGCACUCAUAUAUCACCAUGGAAAACUUCUAGCAUUACAGGAGGCAGAUAAGCCGUAUGUCAUCAAAGUUUUGGAAGAUGGAGACCUGCAAACUCUUGGCAUGAUAGAUUAUGACAAGAGAUUGACCCACUCCUUCACUGCUCACCCUAAAGUUGACCCGGUUACGGGUGAAAUGUUUACAUUCGGCUAUUCACAUACGCCACCUUAUCUCACAUACAGAGUGAUCUCGAAAGAUGGCAUUAUGCAUGACCCAGUCCCAAUUACUAUAUCAGAGCCUAUCAUGAUGCAUGAUUUUGCUAUUACUGAGACUUAUGCAAUCUUCAUGGAUCUUCCUAUGCACUUCAGGCCAAAGGAAAUGGUGAAAGAGAAGAAAAUGAUAUACUCAUUUGAUCCCACAAAAAAGGCUCGUUUCGGUGUUCUUCCACGCUAUGCCAAGAAUGAACUCAUGAUUAGAUGGUUUGAGCUUCCCAACUGCUUUAUUUUCCACAAUGCCAAUGCUUGGGAAGAAGAGGAUGAAGUCGUCCUCAUCACUUGUCGUCUUGAGAAUCCAGAUCUUGACAUGGUCAGUGGGAAAGUGAAAGAAAAACUCGAAAAUUUUGGCAACGAACUGUACGAAAUGAGAUUCAACAUGAAAACGGGCUCAGCUUCUCAAAAAAAACUAUCGGCAUCUGCGGUUGAUUUCCCCAGAAUCAACGAGGGCUACACCGGAAAGAAACAGAGAUAUGUAUAUGGAACAAUUCUGGACAGUAUCGCAAAGGUUACCGGAAUUAUCAAGUUUGAUCUGCAUGCAGAAGCUGAGACAGGGAAAAGAAUGCUGGAAGUAGGAGGCAAUAUCAAAGGAAUAUAUGACCUGGGACAAGGCAGAUAUGGUUCAGAGGCUAUUUAUGUCCCGCGUGAGGCAGCAGAAGAAGACGACGGUUACUUGAUAUUCUUUGUUCAUGAUGAAAACACAGGGAAAUCAUGCGUGCAUGUGAUAGACGCAAAAACAAUGUCAGCUGAACCUGUGGCAGUGGUGGAGCUGCCGCACAGGGUCCCAUAUGGCUUCCAUGCCUUGUUUGUUACAGAGGAACAACUCCAGGAACAAACUCUUAUAUAAGCCAAGCUGUGUGCAUACACAUGAUACUUCAGAGUCAGAGAUGUGGAAGUAAGGGCAAAACCGGGAAACUGUGUUAUACUGAUAUUUACUAUUACACAGAUAGUAUGGCAUUAUGUAUUCAUUCUACUGCCUCGUUUCUCUUUACAUAUAAUUACAUUUCAUCCUCCAAUAUCAACAAGGUUUCUACUAUCCUUGGCCCUUUGUUCUUUACAAUCUCUAGAUGAAUUGCAGCAUCAUCCACUCUUCAUGUUUAAUUAAAUGAGUAGGAUCUAU